AACUCCAUUCGUAUACACUUCCUUUCCUCCAUAUCUUCAUGAUCUCCUUGUCUCUAAUGAUCCAUUCUGGGAAUUCAUUAUCCUUCAAUUUGGGCAAUUUUGAUCCGAAUGAUCAUGAAAUUGUUUUUGAGGGGCAUGCUUCUUAUUCUGCCGAUAAAGUCAUCCAACUGACCAGAAACCAGCAGGACAAAAAGAUGAAUGAUAGUUGGGGUCGAGCUACAUACUGUAAGCCGUUUCAACUCUGGGAUAAGGCCUCCGGAAGAAUGGCUGAUUUCACUACCAAUUUCUCCUUUGAAAUUGAUUCUCAAAGAAACUCUUCUUAUGGUGAUGGACUCGCAUUCUUUCUUGCUCCAAACAGUACCCGACUGCCUUCAGAUGUGACAGGAGGCAGCCUGGGUCUUGUGUCUAGGAACCAGACGCUGAACUCAACAGCAAAUCACUUUUUUGCAGUGGAGUUUGAUACUUUUCCAAAUGCUUGGGAUCCAAAACAUGAUCAUGUUGGUAUCGAUAUUAACUCCAUGAAAUCUGCGAAAAGCGUGACAUGGUUGAAUAAUAUUCCGGAAGGAAAAAUAAAUCAUGUUUCCAUCAGUUACGCUUCUAGUUCUGAAAAUCUGAGUGUUAUCUUUGGCACUGAUGAUUUGUAUAAUAACACCACUUCACAAAGCCUCUAUUACAAAGUUGAUCUGAGGAAUUACUUGACUCCAUUCGUUACUAUUGGCUUCUCAAGUGCAACAGGAGAUAGGUCCGAGAUAAACAUCAUUCACUCAUGGAAUUUCAGUUCAGCUUUAAUUUUCUCUGAUAGUGCAGAGGAAAACGAAGAAAAGAAGACAGGACUAGUGGUGGGAUUGGGUGUUGGCGCUUUUGCCCUGGUGGCUGGGUUGGGAUUGGUCUGCUUUUGCUGGUGGAAGAAAAAGAUAAGUGAGAAAGGAGAAGCCGAUCCUGAUUUUGACCUGUCCAUGGAUGACGAUUUUGAAAAGGGUACUGGGCCUCGGAAGUUUAUGUAUCAUGAGUUGGUUCUUGCCACAAAUAACUUUGCAGAGGGAGAGAAGGUUGGAGAGGGAGGGUUUGGCGGGGUCUACAAAGGUUUCUCGAGUAAUCUAAGCUCCUACGUUGCUGUUAAAAGGGUAUCCAAAGGGUCCAACCAAGGGAUAAAGGAGUAUGCAUCUGAAGUAAAGAUCAUCAGUAGGUUGAGACAUCGGAAUCUGCUUCAGCUGUUGGGCUGGUGCCAUAAGAAAAGAGAGCUUCUAUUGGUUUACGAGUUCAUGCCCAAUGGUAGUUUGGCUUCUUGUUUGUUUCAAGGGAAAACCUUGUUGACAUGGGCAACGAGGUACAAAAUUGCUACUGGAUUGGCCUCGGCGUUGCUCUACCUGCAUGAAGAAUGGGAACAAUGUGUUGUGCAUAGAGAUAUAAAAUCCAGUAAUGUUAUGCUGGAUGCGGAAUUCAAUGCUAAGCUUGGUGAUUUCGGGCUAGCCAGGCUUGUUGAUCAUGGGAAAGAGUCACAAACCACAGUUUUGGCAGGGACAAUGGGGUACAUGGCUCCUGAAUGUAUCAUGACGGGCAAGGCUAGCAAGGAAUUGGAUGUCUACAGUUUUGGAGUUGUUGUGUUAGAAAUUUGCAGUGGAAGAAGAUGUGUAGAACCAAAAGCACAAGAAGAUCAGAUCAGAUUGGUGGAGUGGAUUUGGAACCUUUAUGGAGUAGGAAAGCUUCUUGAAGCAGCUGACUCAAGACUAUCUGCAGAUUUUGAUGAGGAACAAAUGGUACGCCUGAUGGUUGUUGGGCUUUGGUGUGCUUACCCAGACUGCAGUCUUCGUCCCUCAAUAAGGCAAGCAAUUAAUGUCCUUGAUUCUGAAGCUUCGUUGCCUGCUCUCCCUUCAAAGAUGCCCGUGCCAAUGUAUUAUGCUUCUCCAGAAAAUACGUCUGCCAUUUCGCUUCAAGCAUCCUAUACUGCUACCACUUCUGAGAGAGGCCAAUCCCAGCUUUCAGGAUUUUCUAUUGGAACAAACUCAGGACUGUUUGGUAUUUGGGAAUAGGAAUGGAAAUAGAAUGGGAAUGUGGGUGAAUCACAAUCCCAUGUAGAAAAGAGAAAUCAAAAUCCCAGUAAGAAGGAGAUUUGAUUUCCAUAACAAUCAAUUUUUGAUUCCUAUUCUCCUACAAAAACUCCAAACACACAUAAAUGAGUAUGAACAGUAUUUAUUUAUGAUUAUCGUUCUCUGUUUCAGCUAGCGUUCCAAACUUCGCAUUUUCUUCUUCUACUUCCCGCAUCCCUGCUGUACCCAAACUAAGUUCAUCAUAAGUUUGUCUGGUGUCAAUUUGUUAUGUAUUUGGUAGUUAAU